AUGCCAGAGUAUAAAAAGAAAAGGUCGAGGUCCAGGUCACGGUCAUCAGAUCGUCGACAGAAAAAACGCAAAGUCGACCAAAUGCAGCUACAACUGGAUAACCUCACAAAGGCGGUUGAAGGCUUGGUCCGAGCCCAAAACAACCAACCUCAAGCUUUGCCACCAUAUAAUGGGGCUCAGCUACCCAAUAUUGAGGUUUUAAAUACUGAGAUUGCUGACAACAAAGAGGAUAAAGAGAAUAUCCCGGAGGUAACUGCGAGCACCAACUCUGAAACGAACAUGAGAGAUGACCUCAAGGGUCCAGCUACAGAUUUUUCCCUAGACGCAACGGACAAGGAUAACAUCCUUAAAGUUUCGGGAGUAGACGUGAAUGAGUCAAAAUCCAAAAAAGUAAAAUUUCACGCCAAAUUGAAAAAUACCUGGUCCAAAUGGGUGAAGCAGGGGCUCCCAGAAAAAAACAAGUCUGAAAUUUUGGAGUCAUACAACCGAAAAGGGGAUCUGUUCACAGAGGCUCCCAAGCGUGACCAACCUUUUUCAGAGACACAAAAUUGUAUCGGUUCAGCGUUGAUUGCACUAGGCGGCGCAAUUUCCAUGCUCAUCGACCCCCCAGGUGAUGGACUAGAUGAAGACAUCUUUACCGAUUACUUGAGCCAGGCGGGACAGCUAUUAACAGACGUAUUCUUUCAGCAGUCUCUAGCUCGGAAGUCAUUCAUCACGCCUCAACUCAAUAAAUCAAUAAAACCGGCGGUUGAGGCGAUGAUUUCUGACGAAUGGCACUAUGGGAAUGAUUUAAAAGAUAAAAUCACAGGUCCAGGGAAACUCGAGGUACCCGUUUACGAACUCUCGUCAGACGGGGUACCAUCAGAAAUCUCGGAAGUUCCUAUUCAAGAAGAGGUCGAAUCAAGGUGCAUCCUCCAGCUCAGCCAAGAUGAGCUCUCGGACGAUAACCCAAUCUUCAUCAAAGAAGUAACGCAGGUACGGAAACCAACUGGACGCCUGAGUUUCUUUAUAGACAACUGGCGAAAAAUCACUUCGGAUAAAUAUAUUUUGAGUUAUCUGGAAGGAUAUCGAAUUCCAUUUACUCAUAAACCUUAUCAGUUAAAUUCUCCAAAGGCACAUGUCUUUUCUAAUGAAGAAAUGGAGCAGUUGCGAAUAAAAAUUGAUAAAUUAUUAUCAAACGGGGCCAUUGAAGAAUGUACUCCGUGUGAGGAUCAAUUCAUCUCUUCUUACUUUCUUGUCCCACAACCUGACGGAUCGUAUCGUUUUAUUUUCAAUUUAAAUAACUUGAACAAAUUCAUUGUUGCUCCGCAUUUUAAACUUGAAGAUAUCAGGGCCGCUAUGAAUCUCUUAUCACCCAACGAUUUUAUGGGAACAGUGGAUCUUCAAGAUGCCUACUUCGUAGUACCCAUCUAUAAACACCACAGAAAAUUUCUCAAGUUUGAAUUUGAAAGAACACAUUUUGAGUUCACGUGCCUCCCAUUCGGUCUUUGCACUAGUCCCUAUAUUUUCACCAAAAUAAUGAAACCUGUAGUCAAUGUAUUGAGAUUGAAAGGUUUUUUAUUAGUACUGUAUCUAGAUGAUUUUUUAUUUAUGAACAGUGCAAAAGACACAUGUAAACUGCAAAUACCUAAAGCAUCGAAAUUUCUGGAAGAUUUAGGUUUCUUGACAAAUUGGGAAAAAAGUUCUGUGAUUGGAAAACGAAAAUGCAAAUACUUAGGUUUCGUGAUUGACUCAGUAGAUUAUUCACUAAAUUUAACUGACAAAAAGAUGAAACAAAUAUCUGUUUUAGCUUCUUCUUUCCAAGUAGGAAAAAGUUACAAAAUUCGUGAUUUUGUCAAAUUUUUAGGAGUGAUAACCGCAGUUUGCCCCGCUGUAGGUUAUGGUUUCAUCCACUGCAAGAUCCUAGAGCAACAGAAAUUUCUAGCCCUGAAAUUUAAUGGUGGGGAUUAUGAUGCAAGUUUAUACAUAAGGGAUUGUAUGCUUACCGAUCUUAAUUGGUGGGAACAGAACGCCAACAUUGGCCGCAAUCCAAUUAGAAAAAACAAUUUCAGCAUAGAAAUUUUCUCAGAUGCUUCAUUGUCAGGUUGGGGGUGUUAUUGCAAUAAUGUAUCUGCUCACGGUUUUUGGGAUGAGGAAGAAAAGAAUAAGCAUAUAAAUUACCUGGAAUUGCUCGCAGCCUUUUACGCAUUAAAAUGUUUUGCAUUCGAUUUGUUUAAGUGCGAAAUUUUGCUCCGACUGGACAAUACAACCGCAAUUUCGUAUAUAAACAGAGCGGGAAGUGUACAAUUCCCACAUUUAAGUAAUUUAGCUAGAAGUAUUUGGGAGUGGUGCAAAUUAGGAAAUCUGUGGAUAAAGGCCUCAUACAUUAGUUCAGCGAGUAAUGGUGAUGCUGAUAAAGUUUCACGCAUUGUAAAGGUCGAAACUGAAUGAGAAAUUUCUCAAUCUUAUUUUGAGAUAAUUGAAAAACGUUUCGGUUGUUUUUCAGUAGAUUUAUUCGCUUCCAGAAUUAAUAAAAAAUGUAAAAAAAUUUUCUCUCGUUUUCCGGAUCCUGAGGCCCAUUCAGUUGACGCCUUCACUGUCGACUGGAACAGUGAGUUCUUUUAUGCAUUCCCUCCAUUUUCAAUGAUUCUCCGCACAUUGAGAAAAAUUCUAAAUGACAAAGCCACAGGUGUACUUGUAGUACCAUUAUAGCCAACGCAACCAUGGUAUCCUCUUUUCCAAUCUCUUCUCACUGAAUUAGUCACUCACUGGUUAGCAUGCAGCUGGGAUUUAUUUUUAAAUGAAAUAAACUCAUAGACAGAGUACAAGUUAUAUUUAAUUAUUUUAAAGAAUGAAACUACAUGAGGGAUCAAAGGUGAAAACCUCCUUGUCGCUACCACGGCCGAUUACAACCUGAACUGACCCCUGGUGCCCCUCGGACAUCCCUUCGGGCCCCACGCGUACUCCCACUCCAAAAUAUCAACCUUUUGGGGAGGCUUUUCCACCGAGCCUCCCAUGGUUACAAAUCUAGCCGUGCGAAGACAAAUUUAGGAAUUUCCCAAAUGUGGGCGCCAGGCCCGCUACCUAGAAUAACCGAAAUAAGACCUAGACGGGUAAAUCGCUUUAUUACCCGUAUUUCCCUUAAAAUAUUGCUUAAGCUCUAAAUGGUUUAUAUGGUAUCUUAAAAGUAAUGGGACAGUUUUCCUGUCCCUACAGUAGUAUAUCUCAUUUUGCAAACCAUCUAGAUGUCAAAGAUCAUUUCAAUAUAUAUUUUUACGACUACUGUUUAAUUAUCUCCCAUCCUGCUGCAGAUCCAAAUCAAUUGGAUAUUCUCUCCAAUCGAGAUCUUCCCACCACGGACGUUAUUGAUAUUUAUACUGAUAGCAGUAAGAGGUCAGAUGACAUAUCUGUUGGUUGUGUAUUUUUUUACCCUCGGCUUAACAUCACUCGUAGCUUUUCCAUCCAUCCACAAUCCUCAGCAUUUACAGCAGAAUGUAUUGCAAUUAACGAAGCGAUUAAAAUUGCAUUGUCAUCUCCCGCCCAUAACCAUCUCAUUGACACCGACUGUCUCAGUGCUCUCGACUCCCUGUCUCGACCGUCAGAUCACAUUAAAGUCAGUAGUUUUAUUCUAGAAAUUAAAAAAAAACUAUAAACGCUUCGUUGAAAUGACCAACCACUCAAAAAAUAUUGAAUUUCGAUGGGUCUUAUCACACACGGGACGCGCGGGCAAUGAAGGAGCCGACCGCUUGGCCGAGGAAGCUACGAGGCUAUCGGCGGAUAAGACUACUCUCACCCACUUUACCGACUUUCGGGAAGAAUAAAAAAAAACCCAUUAAACCAAUAAUUUGAAAUAUGUACUGAAGAUUCCCUUAAGAGGGGCCAAAUCUACUUCACCGCCUUCUACGUUAACAUACGUACACCCUGGUUCUACCCUUCCAAGUUACCUCGCCGAACUAUUUUAUGGGUUACCAGAGCUCGCUCAAACCAUGACCAUCCGGCCUUUUCACUCAAACGUAAAGAAUUGAUGCAUUCUGUCGUUUGUAGAUGUGGUCAUCCGAGUGAGGACUUUGAUCAUGUCCUCUGGAACUGUCCUCUCUAUGAGCAGUACAGAAAUCCCAUGAUCCACGGUCUUGUAGCGUUCAGACACUUACCACCAUACAAAACCCAAUCUUUUUUGAAAGGCCUGAAUAAGAAAUUGUCAGUUACUGUAGACAAUUUUCUGAAGAAAUGUGAUAUACAUGUACAACUGCUCAACUCCUGAACAUAUACUAACGAAAAACUAAAUUCGCUAACUCAAAAUCACUUAUGGAAAUACAUAUUUGUAGCUUUAUAAACCUAUGGGUUUUAGCAAGGUUAAAUCAAUUUUUUUUAAAUCAUCCUUACAUUAACAAAAAAAAAUUUUUAAUUUGAUGACAACAGAAUUUUUGUUGAAAAACAAAAGUGUAUUAAAGGACCUCUACUCCCUCAGUAAAGUAAACGAGUAUUGAAAAUUACCUGAAAUUUCCUGAAACAUCAAUGAUAUUCGAUAUCCUAUUUUCGCUUUACAUAGGAAAAAAGUUGGAAAAUCGAAAUUUAAAGGAAUUGCCAUUAUAAUGAAUUUUAGAAAAAAUCGUAAUUUAUUUAUACGUUGUGAACACCGAUGCUUGCAAUAAAUAGAAGAUUUCACGUUCUAUUCACUAUCGCAGGAAUAAAGAAUGUGCCAAUAAAUUGCAUCAUUCAAUUUCAUUUCCAAUAGAAACACUAAUUUAUAUCUAUGAAAUGCUGAACAUAUGACGAUUAAUCGAUAGUCUCAUUGAGAGGAAAAUUAAAAUAGCUGCAAGGAACCCCAGUUGGGGUUGAUAUAACCCAAACGCACGAAGAUUAAAUUUGGGUGCAUUGCAGUAUUUCUAUCCCGACGCAAAAAACAUCAUAUGUACAAGGCGAAUCAUUAAAAACAUAUUCUUCAAGGCCAUUUAUGUAUCGGUGCUGUAAUGUUCGUCUUCUGGUGGGAUGAUUUAUCUAUUGGGGUUUCUAGUUAUUUCUCGGUUUACUUCAAUGUAAUUAUUGAUAGGUCCAUUUGUUCCCAUAAACUCAUUUUUUAAAUGAAAAAGGCAAUUUUUUCUAAAUCGCCUUCGUCUGGCAUUUACAUACGUGACCUAUUUUUAAUCUUGCGAAUAACGAUAAAUUUACCUGAAUCUUCUAGUCUAUGAGUCGGUUGUCAAAUUUUAAAUAAUAGUGCAUUUCUAGUUGGAUCUAUUUCUGCUGUAAGAUAUU